UGCUGCUGGUGAAGUUUCCUUGUGAAAUUGCCCUCUCAUUCGACGUUGACGGCAUUAACGAGUAAAUACCUGGUUGUCAGGUUGGGCAGCGGUUGUUGAAUUUCGGAUGAACGACCUCCACUGGUUGAACACCAGACUGCGGAAGAGGAAAGGAGAUAUUCAAAUCCACACGGACCCAUCGGACUUCGAAGUGCCAGCUGAACGGUAGCAGCCAGUCGAGCAGGAAACACAACACUACCUCACAUCGGUCGGUCACCUGGGAAUUCAAGAUGGAUCGGUGCGCCGAGAACUUCUCGCUGUUAGCGCAGCCUGCCUGCCACCUUCAUCGGAAAUAACACAUUACUGCCGUACCGGUCCGUGUACGUCCAGCCUCAACUGAUCUGCUCGUUGUCGAGUACAUUUUCUCAUCGUUUGGGAGACGCAUUUAGAAAACACUUUCCCUUGGCUAUUUAUUGCUGUGGUUUGGGCGAUAAUCGACAGCUAAUGUGGGACCGCGUCCUGUGUUGCAGUGUCUGCCAGAAAUGAUUCCUUCAGCACAAUAAUGUGGAGCCGUGUGAAGUGAGGGACGGGAUUAUUAUCUAACAGCUGCCUACAUGCUCGCUAGCUCUCCCGCCGAGCACCCAGAAUGGCAUCAAACGAGCGGCUGUACGAGGUGUGGAUGCUCUACUGUAACAAGAGGGACCCAGACUACCUGAAGCUGUGGCUGGAGAUCUUCAUCACCUCCUACGAGAGAUGUCUGGACGUGGACUUCGAGAAACCGCCCAGCAGGUUGGAGGAGGUGCCCCCGGUCAUGACGCUGCUCCCGGACACUAUCCUGCAGGUGCUACGGCAACAGCUGCUCCAGUGUGUGCAGAAGGCCUCGGACGGCUUGGAGCCGGAACAGCAACACCUAGCACUACUGCUCCUCAAGUUCCUCAUCAUCAUCUGCAGGAAUCUGUCCAAUGUUGAGGAGAUCGGCACCUGUUCCUAUAUCAACCAUAUCAUCACCAUGACGACCCUCUAUGUCCAGCAGUUGAAGAGUAAGACGAAAGAGAAGGAGCUAGCGGACCAGACGCAGGCCGAGGAGUUUGUGCGUCACGCUCUGGCCUUCUGUGAGAGCCUGUACGACCCCUACCACAACUGGAGACACCGCGCUCACGGGCAGCAGCUUGGCACGGUGGAGAGGAGUCGACAGAAGUACAAAGCCGCCCCCCUCACUGUGGAGUUUGUCCCCUUCUUUUACCAGUGUUUUCAGGAGAGUGAGCACCUGAAGGACAGUCUGAAGUGUUGUUUGCUGCACCUGUUUGGGGCCAUUGUGGCAGGAGACCAGCGUAACGCGGUGCUGGCCAUCUCCCCGGCCACUAUGGAGGUGCUGCUGGCGGUUCUGGGCGGGUGUGAGCGGGUCGGGCUGGGCUCGGCGGGCGAGGCGGAGGACUGGGACAGCGAGGCGCCGGACCGCAAGGCGCUGCUCACCCUGGGCUGCCUGCGCGAGGUCGUCCACCGGCUACUGGUCAGCAGCUCGGACCAGCGGCAGGUGGAGAUCAGCGGCGUGCUGGAGAGCUACUUCAAACUGCUCAACUCCGACCCCGCCGCGCUGCCGCCCGUUCAGAGGUCCAGGCACUGGGAGAGCCGCUUCGUAGCCCUGCAGGUGCACAUGCUGGACACUAUCCGGGACAUGUUUGAGUGUUCAGACAGACCCGUGCUCCAAGCCAUCUUCCUCAACAGCAACUGCUUUGAGCACCUCACGCGCCUUCUACAGAACAGCAAGCUGGUUAAUGCUAGGUGUACGGCAGCUGAGAAGGACCAAAAAGACUUAGCCAACAGGUUACUGACAGGAGAGGGUGACUCUCAGGUGUUUCAAGGGAGGAUAGACUCUCUGGCUGUGGCAACUAUUAAGGCAUUGACUACAGUGAUGCACAAAUCUCCUGCUGCUAAGGAGGUGUUCAAGGAGCGGAUUGGCUACACUCACCUCUAUGAGGUGCUCGUCUCGCUGGGUCAGCCCUCGCGACACCUGCUCAAGGAGCUCAUGAACAUGGCGGUGGAGGGGGAGCACUCGUCGGUGGGUCUGCUGGGUCUGAGUAACGUGGACCCUCUGCUGCUGCUGCUGCGCUGGCUCCCGGAGCUCUCCUCGGCGGAGCUGCAGGUGUCCACGUCCGAGUGGCUCCGUCGCCUCUGCUGCGCCGACCGCCGCACGCGCUCCACCUGCGUCAACGCCCGCACCGCCCGCGUCCUCGCCACCCUCGGCCACCACGCCCGCCUCCACCGUCCGCCGCCCACCUCCCUGCUGGCGCUGCUGGGGCUAUUAGGCUCCCAGUCACUAGGGGGCGCCGAGCUCCAGAGCCUGCUGCGGCUGCUGCGGCAGGAGACGGCCGGGCGGCCGCACCCGUUGCUGGGCGCCGCGCUGCGGGCGCUGCUGGUGAUGGCGCGCCGCACCUCGGGGCUGGAGAGCGCCACGCUGUACUUCGACCUGGCGCCCAGCAUGGCGGGCAUCGCCGUGCCGACCGUGCAGAGGUGGCCCGGGUCGGCGUUCAGCUUCAUGGCCUGGCUCUCCCUCGACCAGGAGCAGCUCGGACUGCCCGGCAAGGGAGAGAAGAGGAAGCAGCUGUACAGUUUCUUCUCUCCGGGCGGUACGGGGUUCGAGGCCUUCAUCAGUUCUGCAGGUCUGCUGGUGGUUGCCGUGUGCACCAAGAAGGAGUACGUCACCGUCAUGCUGCCCGACUACUGCUUCUGUGACUCGCUCUGGCACAGUGUCGGCGUGGUGCAUGUUCCAGGGAAGAGGCCGUUUGGCCAGAGUCUGCUCUACAUCUACGUGGACGGCCAACAGAAACUCUCCUCCCCACUCAAGUUCCCCAACAUGACUGAGCCCUUCACCUCCUGCUGCAUCGGCUCGGCCGGUCACCGCACCACCACCCCUCCCCCCUCCCAGAUCCCUGACCCCCCCUUCUACGGGGCGUCCCCCGCCGGACGCUCCUCCCUGGGGGGCAUCCUGUCUCCUGGGGCCUGGGGGGGUCUGCUGGGGGGGGGCAAGACGGAGUCGGUCACUAAGCUGAUCUCGGCCGGCACACAGGACAGCGAGUGGGGCAGCCCCACCUCCCUGCAGGGCCAGCUGGGCAACGUCAUGGUGUUCCACGAGGCGCUCUCGCCCAAUCACGUCAAAGCACUCGUCAGCGCAGGUCCAAACUGCAUCUCUCCGUUCAGAAGUCAGGAGGCAGAGCUGGGGGAUCUCUCCACCAAGGUCCUCCUUCACUACUCGCCAAAGGCAUGUAGGAACCCUAUCUGUCUGGACCUGUCCCCUAAUAUGCUCCAUGGCAGACUGACUGGGAACAAGGUGGUCAACUGGGAUAUAAAGGACAUGAUCAACUGUAUUGGCGGGAUGCCUGUGCUGCUGCCCAUCCUGGAGCAGCUGACCCUGCUGACCCCAGAUCAGUCGGAGCCCACGGGGUCGGAGGUCAUCUCCCCUGACCUCGCCACACCUGCCGACGGAGACUGGGUCAUCCUGCCCUCCAACAGGGCAUCAGAGGCGCGUCUUGAGAAGAACCUGGUGGCCACGUUCCUGCUGGUGUUGAAGCACUUCCUCCAGAGACACCCCAUCAACCAGGAGAGCCUUCUACACUCACACGCUGUGGCCACCCUGGGAGGACUACUGCAGAGGGUCCCGGCCUUUCUGGUGGAUGUGAGUGUGUUGGUGGCAGUGCAGCUCCUAAUCGAGCAGGUGACGUUCGAGAAGAACACACACCUUCUGCAGCAGCUCCACACACACCUCCUCUUCAACUUCAGCAUCUGGAACCAGGGAGACUUCCCCCUUCGCAUCGGUCAUAUCCAGUACAUGUCCACGGUCAUCAAAGACAGCAGGAAGCAGUUCAGGAAGAAGUAUGGAGUUCAGUUCCUGUUGGACACCAUCCGCCUCUACUACGGGACUAAUCCUCGUGAGGGGGAGACCCUGAGUGAGGACGAUAUCCGCACCAUCCGAGCGUCUCUGUGCGGCCUGCUCAAGUACUACAUCAGCAAGGGCACCACCCAGGAGGAGCUGCACAGCAUCCUGGGAUACAUCGCCGCCAUCGGGGACGAGGAGCAGCUGUGUGAGGUGCUGGAGCUGCUGCUGACUCUGCUGCAGACGAGUGCAGCGCGGGACCAGCUCUACCUGCUGCUGUUCGAGCCCGGCGCCGCCGACUCCUGCUACGCCCUGUUGCUCAGCAACAAGCACUCCGACCGCCUCCGCCAGCUCGUCUUCAAGCUGUUUGAGCGCAUGUUGAAGUGUGACCGUGUGUAUGAGCGCAGUAAACACCGUCUGAAGCUGAAGGAGGUGGGAUACUCCGGACUCACACUCCUCUUCUCCGACACACACAUCACGCCAACCCUCGUCAAGAGCCUGCUCAACCAGGUGCUCAACACAGAUGCUGUUAUCAGCUAUAGGGACCUGAUGGCUCUGGUCCAACUGUCCCAUCGUUCUGGACCCAACGUCCGGCUCAUCGUCUGCAAGAGGCUCUACUCUCUGCUGCAGACCCACAGUGAUGCCGCGCAGCAGAUGGCCAAACAGCUGUGUUGGCAGGAGACCCUGACACGCCUCUUCCUGCGUCUGCCUGGAGGGGGCGCUAGCGGCCUGGGCGGCGGCGGAGGAGGAGGUGACGGGGGGUCCAUGCGGGGCGACGCGGUCAGCAUCGGGAGCCUGGACCUGGGCAGGAGCGGAGGAGGAGGAGGAGGAGGAGGAAGUGCGAGCGGGAGCGGGAGCGGGAGCGGGAGCGGCAACCGUCUGGAGCCGCCGUCGCUGGACAUCACGCCGUCGGGCCGCAGGACCCCCUCGGACGCCGGCGACCGCCGCUCGGUGGACAGCCUGGACGUGACGGACGCCGGGUCCUUCUGCGAGACGCCCGUGCGCCCGUGGCCCCCCACGCCGGUCAAGCCCGGCGGCCUGACCCUGGACCUGUCGCUGGUGCACCUGUACGAGCAGGCGGACAGCGGGACCCAGACGCCGGGCAGCCUGACCAGCACGCCGUCGCCCCUGGACGCCAACGCCAAGCCCUUCCCGGGGGCCCCGGCGGCCGAGCGCGAGAACAGCGCGUCGCUGACCGAUGACAGCUUCCUGUUCAGCGACAACAUCUCGCUGGGAGAGUCCUUCAACAGCGCAGAGCGUGCGGAGGAGGAGCUGUGUCGCGUGCUGCUGGAGGUGGUGUUGUGUGUGAUGUGGCGAGGCGUGGAGGGCUCGGACGAUGCCGCGUGGCAGGAGAGGGGGCAGGUGUUCUCUGCCCUCUCCAAGCUGGGCACCGCCAACGACAUGCUCAUGACCGUCGACCAGAUCAAACUCAGUCUCCUGGAGCGCAUGCUGGAGCAGGCGGUGCUGGACAACCGUGAGUCCCCGGCGGCGACUCUCCCGCAGCACACGGAGAGCGCGGUCCGGCUACUACACGUGGUCCAGGACUUCCUGCAGGCCGAGGGGCUGGUCAGCCCGGCGCUCUGGAGCGAUACCCUGCUGGACCAGACGGUGGCGCUCAUGGACGGCCUCAUGGUGUGGUACACCGCCGGGGCACAGUGGCACCAGCUGGCACAGCUCGGACUCAGGCUGCUGCUGGGCUUCAUGGCACAGGAGGACCCACAGGUGUGUGCCAUGGCCACUGCCAAGCUGAACGGCAUCCUGCAGACCAAGACGAUCGAGUCCCAGGACGAGGCCUGCUACCUGCUGGGGCGCGUAGAGGGCAUCCUUCGCCGCGCCACCGACGGCCCCAUCACCACGACGACCACCGCGUCCGCCGAGACCGCCGCGGGGGCCGACACCAACGGCCAAUCGGACGCGGAGGCGGAGCCUGAGUCGGUGACGGAGACGUACUCGUUCCUGGUGCCUCUCUUGCGCACCCUGCUGGCCAAGGUGCACCGGCUGCUGUACAUGGAGCUGCACCUGCCCGGCCUCCCCGACACCAACGGAAGCCCCUCCUUCUUCGAGGACUUCCAGCACUACUGCAGGGGCCCCGAGUGGAGGGUCUACCUGGACAAAUACAUCAUCCCGUAUAUGAAGCAGUAUGAGAUCGAGACGUUUAGUCUGGGCCAUGAGAACAUGGCGCUCUUCUGGAAGGAGUGUCACGAGGCCUUCAUGGUCAACCUGCACCGGAGAGAACGCCAGAGGGGGGAGAGCAAGAUCCGCUUCCAGGAGCAGUUUGUGGAGCCGUUCAGUCGCCGUGGUCGCCAGGAGAACCUGCGCUACAACAGCAUGCUGAAGCAGCUGCACACGCACAACAGCACCCUCCUCAGGCAGUGGAAGGCAGCGCGCCGAGGACUCGUCUCCGAGAGGGGGCCCUGGGCAGACAGUCAGCAGAGUGAGCUGCGGUGGCGUCUGUCCAGUGCGGAGAACUUCUCGCGCAUGCGUCUCAAGCUGGUGCGCAACUACAACUUCGACCUUCACCGCGAGGCCAGCGCCCUCCGAGACAACCUGGGUGUGCAGCAGCAGCAGGUGAGUGCGGAGUCGCUGCUGCUGGAGGCGGCCAAGCAGGUGAAGGUGAGCGACCUGGAGGACGACAUCCUGGAGCUGCCCGAGGAGGACCCCGCCACAGCCAAUCAGGUGGAGGAGGCGGAGGAGGCUAGUAAGGAGAAGCUGGUGUUGUGGGAGGACUGUGAGCUGGUGACCGUAGUGGACGUGUUCCCCGGACGCCUGGAGCUGACCACUCAACACAUCUACUUCUACGACAGCAGCACGGAGAAGGAGGAGGGCGUGGGUCAGGACUUCAAGUGGCCGCUGUCUCAGAUCCGUGAGGUGCACCUGCGGCGCUACAACCUGCGGCGCUCAGCGCUGGAGAUCUUCCUCAUCGACCAGACCAACUACUUCCUCAACUUCAGCAAGGAGGCCCGUAAUAAGGUGUAUAACAGGCUGUUGCUGCUGCGUUCUCCUUCUCCCUCUCUUCACGGAACUCGCUCUCCUCAGGAGCUUCUCAAGGCCUCAGGCCUCACUCAGAAAUGGGUGAACCGGGAGAUCUCCAACUUUGAUUACCUGAUGCAGCUCAACACCAUCGCUGGCCGCACCUAUAACAACCUGGCGCAGUAUCCUGUGUUCCCCUGGAUCCUGUCGGACUACACCUCAGAGGAGCUGGAUCUGUGUGACCCGCGUGUGUUCCGAGAUCUGUCUAAGCCCAUCGCCACGCUCAACGAGCGCAACGCCAAGGCCGUCAGAGAGAAGUACGAGAGUUUCGAGGACCCCACGGGCACCAUCGACCCCUUCCACUACGGGACGCACUACUCCAACGCGGCGGGGGUGAUGCACUACCUCAUCCGGGUGGAACCAUUCACCUCCCUGCACAUCCAGCUGCAGAGCGGACGCUUUGACUGUGCGGAUCGGCAGUUCCAGUCCAUCCCGGCGACCUGGCAGACUCUGAUGGACAAUCCCAACGACGUGAAAGAGCUCAUCCCGGAAUUCUUCUACUUCCCAGAGUUCCUGGAGAACCAGAAUGGGUUUGACCUGGGUCGGCAGCAGAUCUCUAAGGAGCGGGUCAAUGACGUCAUCCUGCCUAAAUGGGCCAAAUCUCCAGAGGACUUCAUCUACAAACACCGGAAAGCUCUGGAGUCUGAGUAUGUCUCUGCUCAUCUCCAUGAGUGGAUCGAUCUGAUAUUUGGGUACAAGCAGAGAGGCCCAGCUGCGGUGGAAGCCCUCAAUGUCUUCUACUACUGCACUUAUGAAGGGGCGGUGGAUCUUGACGCCAUUACUGACGAGAAGGAACGGAAGGCUCUGGAAGGGAUGAUCAGUAACUUCGGACAGACUCCGUGCCAGCUGAUCAAGGAGCCCCACCCUGUGCGUCUGUCAUUGGAGGAGCUGGAGAGGAGGAAGGCCCGGCUGGACGGCUGCCCCCUCAGCAUCUUCGAGCACGUCACCGAACUCAAGUCCUUCUUUGUGGAGGGCAUCAGUGAUGGUGUUGCACUUGUGAAGGCCGUGGUCCCUAAGAACCAAUCACACUCCUUCAUCUCCCAGGGCAGUCCUGACACACUGGUGACGGUGAGCCAGAACUGCCUGAUGGGAACUCACGGCUGGCUGCCGUACGAUAAGAACAUCUCCAACUACUUCACCUUCAUCAAAGACCCCACCGUCUCCAACCCAAAGACGCAGCGUUUCCUGUCGGGUCCGUUCUGUCCGAGUAUCGAGGUGACGUCUCGCCUGUUCGUGGUGUCGCACGACGGCAAGCUGCUCUUCAGCGGCGGCCACUGGGACAACAGCCUGCGGGUCACCUCACUGGUCAAGGGCAAGACCACCGGCCAGCACAUCAGACACAUGGACAUUGUGACGUGCCUAGCGACGGACCACUGUGGGAUCCACCUGAUCUCCGGCUCCAGGGACACCACCUGCAUGGUCUGGCAGGUGCAGCAACAGGGAGGAGCUCCAGUGGGUCUGUACCCUAAGCCAGUGCAGGUGCUCUACGGACACACAGACGAGGUGGUCAGCGUCAGCAUCAGCACUGAACUGGACAUGGCGGUCUCAGGGUCACGGGACGGAACGGUCAUCAUCCACACGGUGCGGCGGGGUCAGUACAUGCGCUCGCUGCGUCCGCCCUGCGAGAGCUCACUUCCUGUGUCCAUCCUGCACCUGGCCAUCUCCUGGGAGGGACACCUGGUCGUACACACCUGUGUGGAGGGCAAAGCCACGCUCAAGGAUAAGAACGCGCUGCACCUGUACUCUGUGAAUGGGAAGCACCUGUGCACGGAGGCUCUAAAGGAGCAGGUGACGGAUAUGUGUGUGUCGGGGGAGUACGUGGUGAUGGGCAGUGAACAGGGCUACCUCUCCAUCAGAGACCUCUACAGCCUGGCGCUGUGUGUGCCUCCGCUGGCGAUGCGCGUGGCGGUGCGGUGUGUGUCGGUGUGCAAGGAGCAGUCUCACGCGCUGGUGGGUCUGCAGGACGGCAAGCUGAUCGUGGUGGGCGUGGGCAAGCCCGCCGAGAUGCGAUCGGGCCAGAUCACGAGGAAGCUGUGGGGGUCCAGCAAGCGUCUGACCCAGAUCUCCUCAGGGGAGACGGAGUACCACUGAUCCCGCCCCUCACCCUCCCUCCACCCCCCACCGCCCUGUCAAUCAUGACAAUCAUCCAACCAGAGCACAGCACAGCAGCACACUGCACGUGUGAUUGGAGAAUGACUGAUUGGAGUUGACCCUUCCUUGCUUCCUGCAUGCAGUUAACAUGGAGGACACUGGGGCCUUGACCCCACUAAAGAUAGAGUUUGAUGUACGUCCUUGUGUGUGUGUGUGUGUGUGUUUGUGAGUGUGUGUGUGUGUGUCUGUCUUGACAGCGGGACAGGCGCAGGCGCUGUGGCCCGGCUUGUCGUGUGUGUGUGUGUGUGUGUGUGUGUGUGUGUGUCAUCCUGCCACAUAAAAUCCAGAGUCCCUCACUUCUCUCUUAAGAUCAUCUUCAUCACCAUCACCACCAUCAUCAUCAUCAGUUGCCAUCUCCCACACUGCACCACAGGAAAAGGCUACUUUCGUGUUGGUCAGGGGGACACUGUUUAGUGUGUGUGUGUGUGUGUGUGUGUUUUCCUUCCCAUAGUGGCCUUGUGUUUUCUGUUUGCCUUUUCGGUGCAAGGCGUGGAAUGGCCAUUUGUGAUUCAGUAGAUGUCCAGAGAUUGUGUGUGUGUGUGUGUGUGUGUGUGUGUGUGUGUGUGUGUGUGUGUGUGUGUGUGUGUGUGUGUGUGUGUGUGUGUGUGUGUGUGUGUGUGUGUGUGUGUGUGUGUGUGUGUGUGUGUGUGUGUGUGUGUGUGAGAGCGAGCGAGAGAGGGAGAGAUCACAUGACAUAAAAACACAUUGUCCACACACACGCUCACACAGCCAGUUCCACUCAUGUUUAGUGAUGUAAAUAAUUGUUUGUUUGUUUGUUUGUUUGUUGUUUUGGUGCUAAGGAGGGCUCUAUGGUGAGGCCUUGCUGCACACCACUGACCAGUAGAAACACACUCACAUUUUAAUGAAGUUGGAACCACAUCUGCUUGAUUUCGCAUCAGCAAAUUGUGUCCGUGAAGCAAUAUUUCAUAACAAACACACACACACACACGACACACGCCUGCUAACAACAACGGUGUUAUUGUUUUGUGUGUCUGGUGACACUUUUCUGCUCUACCUUUUUAGCCAUCGAAUGUUUUCUUUGCUCAUUACUUGAAAUGAUCAUUUAUGUUUUUGUGUAUGUGUGUGUGUGUGUGUGUGUUUGUGAUUGUUUUGUUUUUAUUUAUGUAAGGAAGUCCGACAGGUUGCCUGGACUAGUCUGUAGGGCGGGCGAGGUCGUUAGUGGGCAAUGCCCAUAUAUGCAGUUCCUCCAGUGCCCAGGUCUCACCCACCCGCUUCCAACAUAAAGGGGGGGCAGCAAAGGGCUUCAGCCAUGUUACUGUAUGCUAACCCCCCCCACCCCCUCCACGUGGUACAUUCCAGCCUCGACCAUAGUGGCUGACCAAUACAAUGUUUUCCUAGUCUUCCUGGUUAAGUCCAUGGGGUGUCUUAAGAAGAGGGGGGUCCACCCCUCUCCUCUGCUUCCAGUCCUCCGCCCCAGUUAGCCGUGCUGUGUUCACGCCACAGCUGCGUUGCCCAGCAGGGGGAGCUGUUCUGCAGGGCUGUACUGAAGGGCAUUUGGGGUUCUCCAAUAGCUGUGUGUGCUCGAGGACACGCGUCCGUCUCUUGAUGCUGAUCACAAACGGUUAGACCAGUCACCAACUUCCUCCCUCCCUUUCUGCCUCUCUCUUUCUCCCCCGCCCUCCCUCUCUCCUCUCUCUCCCUCCUUUCUCGUCCUCCCUCUCUCUCCUUCUCUCUCUCCCCCUCUCUCUCUCGGGUCAUGAGGAGGAUUGAUGUGGUCAUCCUCUCUCCUCUUCUCAGUAUAAAUGGCGGCUCUCUAACGGUUCUCUGUAGAAAUGCCAAAACCUGCGAGAGAUCUGUGGAGUGACUGAGGGUUGUGAUACCGUGGCCUGGCCAGUAGGCGGCGCUGUCCCAGAGAAGCUCAGUGAUUGGUCAGUUAAGGGCCAGCUCUCUCAGUUGCCUCUGUGCAUCCGCUGCCAGUCAGAUGCACCCAUGGCAACAGACACACGAUAGCAGUAAACAAAGACGCACCUACAAAGUGUGAUGGCGAACUUCAGUGUGUGUGUGUGUGUGUGUGUGUGUGUGUGUGUGCGUGCGUGCGCGUGUGUGCCUGCGUGAACCGUUGUGUCUUUUUGAUUUUUGUUUGUUUUUAUUCUGUGCUAUGACUUAGAGAGAUAUUGCCGUCAGCAAUAUGUUCCACCACUGAGACGCAAACAGAGUGCCUUUAUCCCAGCAUGCAUCAGCGCUUCCUGAUGCAGAAACCCUUCCCUGUCUGUGACCUUUGCCCUCCAUAAACUACAGCAUUCCACUAAAAACAAACAAAUGAAAUGAAAUGAAAUGCUUCUUUUGGAAAUCAAAGAUCAUCAAAGCUCUUGUCAGAGGCUGAAUCUAACCAGAAUCUAUGUAACUCUGAAACUAGCUGCUUUAGAUUUGACUUGUCACCAAUGGAUGUGAGUUUGUCAGUAUGUGUGUGUGUGUGUGUGUGUGUGUGUGUGUGUGUGUGUGUGUGUAUGUGUGCAUAUUUAUAAAUAUGGUAUGAAAUGUACAGCAUGAUUUUAUUUCUGUGUAUUUGAAUUGUAUUUUUUUGCACUUUCCAGGUACUACCAAUUGUUGAGAUUGAUUGAUUGUUUUAAAUGGCUUCUUGAUCUGUAAAGACAAACAGCUUUGUAUACACAGUAAGUGGAAAUGAGAAUUAAAGCCCUAUUGAAGAUCAGUGA